CCGGUAGUUCCAGUUCGUUUCAAUCAAAGAGCUAUGUUAAUUGAACCCGACCUUCGGGGAAACGUUGUAGUUUCAAUUAAUAACAACAAUAUAAUAUAAUAAACAUAUGGCUAGAGACGUCCGACACGCAUAUUAUGCACAAUUACUAAUCGGCACUGUGCAUCGCAUAUGAAUAACAAUGAUUUACAAGUCUCUCGCUUAUUUUUAACAGUUCCGGCGAAAAAGAAACGAUCAUUGUAAAUCGUUCUUAGUCACCUCCGCGUACGCCGUACAGUUGUUGUGCUCGUGUGAACACUUUAGUACAAUAUCAAUAAAUAUAGUUUAUUAAUUUGCGUCAACACUGUUCUGUUUAUGUGCAUACAGGCAUGAUGGAGGCGUUCGAGUCUAAAGAUAUUGUACUGCAAGUACAAAAAAAGUUUAUGAGCAAAGUCACCAAUAAAAGUGUCGUGAAAUUGUUUAUUGACGAUCGCAAUGCCAGUAUUUUGGACAACGUGUACAGGCUGGCAAAACUUUAUACUGGCAACAAGAGGGAUUCUGAAAAACUAACGAAAAACAUCAUUAAGAUAAUAGUGAAAAUAGGCAUACUUUCCAGAAACAAUCAGUUCAAUAAAAACGAACUGGCGCUGGCCGACGACUUUAAGUUGAAAUUCAAAGAGCUCACCAUGACAGCUGUGAGCUUCUACGAAAUCGAGUACAGCUACGACAGGAACUACUUGACCACGCACUUUUCGGUAUGCCGGGAAAUGCUUAAACAGCUCACCAAGAGACAUCUUACCGACAAAACAAUGACAAGAAUAGACAGGACGUUCGAGUUCUUUUCGGAUCCGUUGUUCUUAGAUGCGGUAUUCAAACGCGACAAACAUCUAACGGCAACCGUCGAGCUACUCGUAAACGGCUUAAAAGACCUGCUGGACAAAGAGUUCUAAGUAUACCGUUGACAAAAUAUAGACUGUGUUUUUCCAUCCACUAACUUUACACACAUAUAAUAGUGAUUAAAAAAUACCCAUGUCAAACGCAGUGUAACUGAACUGGAUAAUAAUUAUUAAGAGGGCGUCGCACCGGUGAUUUUCAGUGGUAAAAACACGUUUAAGCAGACUGAAAAUAACUUGCUUAAUUUUGGUUUUAGAGUAAAAGCACACAUUUUAAAAUUAAAAGAAAACAAUAUUCCGGAGGGCGAGACGGAGCGUUUUAAAAAAAAAAAUUAAUUUUUUGGAAAGUUACAGUCAUUUAAAAAUGUUAAAAUAGUCGUUAUUUCUAAACUAUGUAUUGAGCGUUAUACUUGGAAUAAUUAAAAAAGCGCACCGUCUCGCCUUCCAAAAUAUUGUUCUCUUUUAAUUUUAUAAUGGGUGCUUUUACUCUAAAUCCAAAAUUAAACGAGUUAUUUUCAGUCUGAUUAAACAAGUUGAGAUAAAAAAACAUUUUUAAAUCGCUUUCAAGGAUACUGUGAUAGUCCAAAAAAUAAAUCAACUACCAAAAAUAGAGUCAUAGUUAUUAAACUAAUAAUUACACAUCACAGUUUAACCUUAAAUUAAGAUUUUGUAGAAAAUUGCCUAUACUUUACUCUUUAAAAAUGGACGGUGCGACGCCCUCUUAAGAGUACGAUUAUUGUUACUUGUUAGUGUCAUCAUAUUAUUAUUGUUAUACGUUUCACGAAGAUGAUCGUACACGUGUCACCAAUCUCUAACCCAAGUUCGGACAACAGUCUAAAACUACAAUAAUUAGUUAAUACAUUUUUUUUUUUACUGUUUGCCCGACAAAUCCCCCCUCCUUCUUUUGAGCCACCACUUGCUCUUAAUAAUCCAGACGACUUACCUACCCACUUUAUAAUAACUAUGCGGUAAUGAAAAAUAAUUGUUUGCUUAAAACUACUAUACUUAUAGUUACCAAUAAAUACACUCGAUAGUGACCGUAUCGUCACUAUAUAUUAUAUAUUAUUAUGUAUAAUCGUAAAACCAUAUUUUAUACAUUGGUUAUGUAUAUCUACUUCUUAGAACACUAUCACGUUCGUGCGAAAACGAUUACCUAUUUAAGUAUCAUUUAAAUGUAUGUGAGUAAUGAUUUGUGAUUAUAAAGUAGAUACUCGAUAAUGUAGAACAUACCUGAGUUGUGGUUUCGCCAAACGUUGUAUAUAUUUAUAUUACUAAAAUAAGCGCAAUUGUUUAAUAAAAUAAUAAUGUAAAAUAUAGUUUAUUGUUUGCUACGGUAAUAUGACCAUCGAUUUUGUGUGCGUUGAAGCGCCAUAACAAAUAUGAAAUAGAUAAUACCACUAUUUUUCUAUGAAAUAUCACAAUAAACCAGUUCUUUGUAUUUAUGACAGUGUUGGGCAAAAUUUAAAUAAUAUAAUAAAUAAUAGAACAUAUUAUGACGAAUUAUAUAUUAAUAGACGAUUGAAAGAUAAUUUUUUAUUUGUAAAUUGUAAAUAAUACAAACUAUUUACAACUUAAUAAAGGA